UAGCCUUACAUGAGAUGUUACAAAGAAGAAAUAUUUGGACCUGUUUUAAUUUGCAUGGAAGCUAAUUCACUAGAAGAAGCUACUGACAUAAUUAAUAAGAAUCCUUAUGGAAAUGGAACAGCUAUUUUUACAACAAACGGAGCUAGUGCUCGAACAUUCACAGAAAUGGUUGAAGUUGGCCAAGUUGGAAUCAACGUACCUAUUCCAGUACCUCUACCAAUGUUUAGUUUUACAGGAAAUAAAAAAUCUUUUUUUGGAGAUAAUCACUUCUAUGGAAAAUAUGGUAUUAAUUUCCAUACUCAAACCAAAACUAUCACUCAAUUAUGGAGGGCUGGGGAUUCAACUAACAUCUCGUCUGCAACAGCUAUGCCUAUUAUGAAAUAAUUUUGUAUUUAAAUAACAAAAAAAAAAACUUGGCUGUCCGUUAUUUGAUAAAAAGUUGACAAAAAAUAAAAAUAAAAAAUAAGGCUGAUUUCAAGCAACUUUUACUGUACAUAAAAAAAAUUAGCAACCUCAAUAGUUUGUUCUUUUGCAUAAAUAUUCAUUGAGAUAAAAAAACAGCAAAGAUAAGCAAAAUUUUAUGAAGAUGUCACAAAAUUGAGAAGCAAAAACAAUAACGUUGUACAUAAUAAAAAAUAUUCUUCCUGUGUUACUACUCUGUUCUUAGUAGUUGUAAUGAGAAACAAAGAGUAAAGCCGCAAAGAACAUUGUGUCACUCUUUAUUAUUAGUAUUUUCAUAAAAUUGCUGUUGAGAAACUUAAUAGUAUUAAAGAAUAUGCUCUUGUUAUUUAUCUAAGAAUUUCAAGGUAAGCAUAUUUUGUUAAAGAAGUUGACUUUACGGUCAGUAAUAAAAGGUGAAGUUCUUAGAGCAGUACUUGAGAAUUUUAUUAUAGAUGUCAAUAGAUCGGUUACAUUUGAUAAUUUUGAAUAAAAUUUUAGAAUAACAUUGAGACACCAAAUGAAAACUUUGAGAUAAGAUACUUUAAGGCCAAACAUUAGGAAUAAGCUUUAGUGAAGAUUAGUGACCUGCUUUUUUACUUAAAAAUUCACUUGCACGUUUAAACUGAUGGAAAAAUAAA